AUGGCAUCGCGCAAGCGGUUGAUCGUGGGGAUAGAUUUCGGCACCACCAAGACAUGUGUCGGGUAUCCGAAGCCUGGGGCAAGAGGAAGGAUUGAGCUAGUGCGACAGUGGCCCAUGAAGGAUGCCAAUGACUCAGUCGUCCCGUCGCGAAUUGGAUACGACCGAGGUGUCCCAGCUGGGUACGGAGACGGCAAUCUCCCCGGUGCUGAAGUCUGCUCCUGGACCAAGCUUCUGUUGGACCGGAGUGUCAACAGCCUGGAGUUUGCCGACGAGGCGAUGCGAGAGAUGUUGGGAUCGGGCACCUUGCACCUCCCGGCGGCGUUGAGCCCGUGCUAUGUGAUCAGUGAUUUCUUGCGGUACGUACACCACUACGCAUCUGACCACAUGCCCGAGAUCGACCGGGAGGAUACUCAAGUCGAGUAUUACUUUACCGUCCCUGCGACCUGGUCGCAGGAGACUCGGGGUCUUUUGCGGUCUGCGGCCAUCGGCGCUCAGUUUGAGAGGGCGCAGCAGCGCGAGAGGGUCUACGUUAUCGAUGAGCCGGAAGCAGCUACCCUCUCCGUGCUCGCGCAGUGCCAGAAUGCACUCGAGGACAUCACCACUUGCUCUAUCCUGAGUGUCAAACCCCCGCUCGCCUUCCGGCAGAUCACUGCGUCCACCGGGGGCAUGUGUGGCUCGACUGCCGUCGACUUUCGGUUCUAUCAGCUUCUUGUCCGAGAACUGGGCGACGCGUUUCUGGAGCCGCCAUCGGGAACGACUCGUCCCGGAAGUGUUUUCAUGAACCGGUUCGAACGGGUCAAGAAGGCAUUCCAUGAGAAUGAGUCCCGGACGUCAUACAUUCCUCUCGAUGUCGAGUUGCACGAGGGAGCCGUGUACUCGGACAUCUACGAUGCUCAAAGAUCCCGAGUUGUUCUCUCUCCUGGGAGGAUGAGGGAACUCUUUGACCCGGUGGUUGACCGGAUCCGAGCUCUGAUCCUGACGCAAAUCCGCCAGGCGCAUGGCUGCGGUAGACCGAUCAACGUCCGUUCACUCCUUUCCUCGCGUAUGCCAUGGCAUCUGCUAACCACACUGCCGAGAAUCAGAAAGUCGUCCUCGUCGGCGGGUUCAGUGCGUCCCCCUAUCUCCGAUCCAGGCUGGGAAACUGGCUGCGUGAGAAUGAAGGCUGCGUCGUCAUUCCACAGAGCGAGCCGUGAGUGUAAGCCCCUGCUCCGCCGCUCAUAA